AUGCUUAAGAGGUUUGAUGUCAAUUUAAAUCCUCGUAACACUGCUACCUCUUUGGAUGUUCUUUGGUCUCCACCUUAUCAUGGUUGGACUAAGUGUAAUGUUGAUGGUGUAGCUAUCGUCUCUCCUUGGAAAUGGGCAUGUGGUGGUAUUUUCAAGGAUAGCAAAGCCAAGCAUAUUCUCAGUUUCAACAUUCCUUUGAGCUGUGAACCUCCUUCCAAUGCUGAAUUGCUCGCAGCUAUUAUAGCCAUGGAAAAAGCUAUGGAUUUACAGUUAAAUAAAUUUUGGUUGGAAUCAGACUACACUCUUGUUGUUAAAACUUUCUACAACCAUGCUCUUGUGCCGUGGACUAUCCGAUCUCUUUGGCUUGUUUAUUGGUCUUAUAUGAUGAUCAUUGAUUUUAUGAUCACGCACAUAUUUAGAGAAGCCAAUUUUUGUGCAAAUAUUCUCGCUAGCGUUGGUUUAGAUUGUAACUCCUCUUUCUGGUUUCAUCAUGUCUAUAGGAACAUUAGAAAAGACUUUAUUUAA